AGUAAAUGAAAACAAGAAGGUCGAGAAAAAAAAAGUUGCUGACUUUGCUGCAUUUUUUUCAACUCGCAGACUUUCUCAUAAAGUUUGAGUCGCUCAUUAAGUGACAGCUUACUGUCUGUACUCACAUGUCUGAGAUAAUGAGCUUCCAUUCAUGGGAAUAAUCAAGAAUCUGGCCGCUAGUUUCGCUUUGAUCCGUCCUAAUUUAGUUAUAAACCAGCACCAGGUAAUCAUGGCCAGACGGCUUAAUGCGAGCAGAACGAUCGGUGUGGAUAAAAACGUCUGGGUGGAAUUCACCCAGCUGGCUGCAGACUACAAAGCUGUGAACCUCGGGCAGGGAUUCCCCGACUUCUCCCCUCCGCAGUUUGUUAAGGAUGCUUUCUGUAAAGCUGUGAGCGGAGGACCUGAGAUGCACCAGUACACCAGAGCUUUUGGUCAUCCUCGUCUGGUAAAAAGUCUGGCUAAAUUCUUCAGUAGGAUUGUGGGGCAUGAGAUCGAUCCCUUUGAAGACAUCUUGGUCACAGUUGGAGCUUAUCAGGCUCUUUUCUGUGCAUUUCAAGCUCUCAUUAAUGAUGGGGAUGAAGUGAUAAUUGUGGAGCCGUUCUUUGACUGUUAUCAGCCGAUGGUUCUAAUGGCAGGAGGGACCGCAGUCUAUGUUCCUCUGAGACCUAGAGAGGGAAGCUCCGUCCUGUCUAGUGGCGACUGGGUUCUGUCUGAGGAGGAGCUCGUCAGCAAAAUCACUCCUUCCACCAAAGCCAUUGUCAUCAACACCCCCAACAACCCUUUAGGAAAGGUUUACAAAGUGGAGGAACUGCAGAUGAUUGCUGAUCUGUGUAUUAAACAUGAUCUGCUGUGCUUCAGUGACGAGGUCUAUGAGUGGUUAACCUACGACGGAGCCAAACAUGUAAAGAUAGCCAGCCUCCCUGGGAUGUGGGAACGAACCGUAACAGUGGGAAGCGGAGGGAAAACCUUCAGUGCUACUGGCUGGAAGGUCGGCUGGGCUAUGAGUUCUGGAAAUCUCAUCAAACACAUGAAAAUCAUCCAUCAGAACUCAGUCUAUCACUGUGCAACAGCAGCACAGGAAGCCGUGUCUCAGGGAUUCGACAGAGAGUACGAGCUGUUUGGGUCUCCGGAGAGCUACUUCCAGCAGCUGCCUGCCAUGCUGCACCAGAAGAGGCAGAAGCUGGCCUCGUGUCUGCAGAGCGUGGGCCUGCAACCCAUCAUGCCAGAGGGAGGAUACUUUAUGAUCACAGACAUCUCCUCUAUAAAGGUGGAUCUAAAUGAUGAGAGCACCAAGAAUGAAAGCUAUGAUUUUAGAUUUGUCAAAUGGUUGAUUAAAGAAAAGGGCUUAGCGACAAUCCCAGUUUCUGCUUUCUUCAGUCCAGAACACAGCAAGGAGUUUGACAAAUACAUCCGUUUCUGUUUUGUUAAGGAAAACUCCACACUGGAAGCAGCAGAGGAGAUCUUAAGAAAGUGGAGUCAAAAAGAAUAAUAAAGAAGACCCCUAUCAUAAAAUUAUUAUAAAUAAAAUUAGAAAGCAUUAUAGGUAAAAAGACAAAGGAAUCAUCAAUUUUUUUGUUUCUCCUUAGACAAACGUUAGACUAUCCACUCCUCUGGCCUAAAAAUACGCAGAAAGUUUUAAAAGGCUUUUUGCAAACAUGUGGUCCUGUAACCUGUUGUCGGUUCCUGAAAAUGUCCUCAUUGUUUUUGUGAAUUAACUUUCUCAUCAGACACGAAAUGAUGAAAUGUUAUGUGAAGAGAUGGAGCCAAGGAGACUUGAUGUUUUUUGAUUUAAUGAAGUACCUCAAAGACUAGUUCCUUACGGAGAUUCUCCCUAUGUUCUGCCUUUUUUGUUGUUGUUUUUUUUUCCUUUUCGGUUUUUGAAAUGAUGUUAAAUACUAAUUUAAAGUUUCAGAACGUUACACUACUGACAGUGCUUUCACAGUAUUGAACUAGAUGAUUUUUUUUUUCUUUUUUUGAAUUUUGUAGACAUUGCACAUCUUGUUUAGGAGUUCUGUU